AUGUCGGCAGAUGAAGCAAAGGAUGGAAAAUCCCCACCGCCUGUGGAAAAGGAAGAAGCGGCGAUGGAGCGGGACGAGAAUGACAUUGGCCUGCAGCCAGCUCCUAUCGCGCUGGUGCUGCGUCACCAGUGGGCAGCCGAGGCCCUGACCGCCAUGAAGGAAGAGGAGAGCGUGGACCGUCUGAGCCUUAUGCGGUCAUAUUACAGCGGCUUUCUCGCCAUUGUGUCCCAGUCGAUUCACACACUGCAUCUUGAUUCCAUCGCCCUUUCUAGGGUGCAGGCGCAACAACAACUCAUCACGGGAUUGAGGUGCAUGCCAGUUCCAAUGAACUCCAAAAAGAGAGUCAGUGAUUUUGCAGCAAGUAGAACAAGGCGACGACGUGCAGUAGACUUAUCGGAUGGCGAUACAGAACAGGGAGACGAUAAAGAGUCUUCGAAAGGUUUUCUGCAGCGUUUGCGUUUGAACAGCUUUCGGCGAAUGAAUCAAGAGUUAAUUGAGAGGCAGCGGCAGGUCGCAGCUUUUGCGACAGGUGAGCUACGAAGGAGUGCAGCAACACGAAGGCAGGAAGAACUGCUUUCCGCAAGAAGGUGUAGUAAUGAAUACAAGUGUUCCAUUGCGAAAAGUAUGGCGGUUCGGGAUAUGCGGGCCCGACAGCGGACAGAAAAGUAUGAGGAUCAACAGAACACCGUUCAAGCACGGCAAUCAAACCUGCAAGAGUCACGCAACAGGCAGCCUUGCGACUCAGCGGCAGAGCAGAAGGAGAUGCAGCUGAUCUUGAAUAAACGCCGAAUUCUUUUUGAGAACGCGAUGAAGGAAUUGCAAAAGGUUGUGGAUUGGAUAAACGAGAGACACCACGGCGGGUGUGUUGGAGACACAGCCUUUAUGGCCUCUGUGGCUUCUUCCAUAGAGUCAUCCUUUCCGACGGCGUUGUAUCAGGCACCUAAGACCCGUUGUAAAAAAAGAAAUACGACACCUAUACGUGAGGAGGAAUACGCGCGGCUGUGUGGUUUGAAGGGGACCGCGAUACGGUCUGUUGUUGCUUUUUCAGUGGAAUCGUCACCUACUGCAGCCGCACCGAAUAACAGCAUUGCACGGGAACUGCAGCAUUUAUGUAUUUCUCCAAUACUCUGGCACUGA